GGACUUUUACAGCAACAAAGAAAUGAGACAAACUGCUGUGUUUAUGUGAGAUGAAUAGCUUUCUACCUUACAGAAAAAGAAGGUGAAAUCUUACUUCUUCUAAGCAAUAAUUCUGCUUGUCAUUGAAAAAUCUCAAAGCAUUUAUUUUCUUUCUGUUGUCAUGUGGAAAAUGGAUAUCAUUUGAACCUUAUGGAAACUUUUCUCUUGAGGAUUCAUUGGCGUUGAAAAUGAGUGUGGAGAAGACAGGUAGGGAAUACCGGCGUUCUGUUUCGGAUCCAGUCCAGAACCUGCAUCAUCCACCUUGUUUAAAUGGCUACCUUUGGCACACAAGUAGCAGGCCGAGGCUGUGGCAUCAAGCUCAGCCUGCACCUGAGAAGCCCAUUGAAGGAUAUAAGUGGAAAACUCGCACCAGACUGAACCUUAGGACAAUCAAGCGAGGCAGUUCUGAGGACAACAGCUCCUUCGAGUUGGAGGCUUUCAAAGUGGAGAAGGACCAGCACAAAUUUUUAAGCACCGGGUCUUUGUCGGGGAGACCACACAACCCGACCAGAGCGAUUCCCUUUCACAGGUCGGUGUCGGAGCCCGGAACACCUCAUGUUAUUGAGAAGCCAGCUUUAUGGCAGGUGAACUCGGAUGUUGAGCAGAGAAGGUAUUUCCUGCAGGAUUUUUUUUCCACGGUGUCGCGGCGGAUGUCCAGGAUUUUGAGGCACAAGGAGAACCAGGAGAAUGUGAUGAAUGAUGUGAAGGGGCCACCAACGCACAGACUGUCUUGCGGCCAGUCCCCCUACUCCGAGACCACCAUGUGGGAAAGGAAAUACUGUAUUCUGACAGACAGCCAGCUCAUCUUGCUCAACAAGGAGGAAGAGAUGCCGGUUGAAGUGAUUCACGAAAGCCCGCCUGAAUCUUCCAAGGGGCGAAGUCUGCGGCGCACUGUCAGCGUGCCGUCAGAGGGGCAGUUCCCCGAUUAUCAGGCAGAGGGGGCUACAAAACUUGAAGUGUCUGCUGAGAGGUCACCAAGAAGGAGGAGUAUAUCGGGAGUUGGAAGCACUGAGAAAAACAGCUCUAUGGAUGGGCCGAACUCCUCCCCUUUCAAAGUUCCAGGUUUUCUCAGCAAACGACUGAAAGGCUCAAUUAAGAGGACGAAGAGUCAGACUAAACUGGAUCGGAACACCAGUUUUCGGCUCCCUUCCCUGCGACUGGCUGAGAAUGACAGGUCCCGUGGCCUUCCCAAGCUGAAGGAGUCCCGUUCCCAUGAGUCUCUGCUGAGCCCAGGCAGUGCCGUCGAAGCCCUUGAGCUAGGAAUGGAGGAAGACGUCUUGAUCAAACCUCUCCAUAGCAGCAUUCUGGGACAAGAGUUCUGCUUCGAGGUAACCUAUUCAGGUGGGAGCAAGUGUUUUAGCUGUUCUUCAGCUGCUGAGAGGGACAAGUGGAUGGAAAACCUGAAAAGAACAGUGCAGCCAAACAAGGACAAUUGCCGGAGAGCAGAGAAUGUACUGCGGUUGUGGAUUAUAGAAGCCAAAGACCUGCCCCCCAAGAAGAAGUAUUUCUGUGAGCUGUGUCUGGAUGAUGUUCUGUAUGCCCGCACCACCAGCAAAACCAAAGCAGACAACCUCUUCUGGGGUGAACACUUUGAAUUCUACAGCCUGCCCCUGGUGCGCAGCAUCACAGUGCACAUUUACAAGGAGGUGGACAAGAAGAAAAAGAAGGAUAAGAACAACUAUGUGGGGCUAGUCAACAUCCCCAUGAGCAGCGUGACCGGCCGGCAGUUCAUGGAGAAGUGGUACCCAGUCAGCAUGCCCACCACCAGCAAGGGGAAGGCAGGCGGACCCUCCAUCCGGAUUAAGUCGCGUUUCCAGACCGUCUCAAUCCUCCCUAUGGAGCAGUACAAGGAGUUUGCAGAGUUCAUCACAAACAACUACACCAUGCUGUGCUCUGUCUUGGAGCCAGUCAUAAGUGUCAAAAACAAAGAGGAGAUGGCCUGUGCUCUGGUUCACAUCCUGCAAAGCACAGGAAGGGCUAAGGACUUCCUUACAGACCUGGUGAUGUCUGAGGUCGAUCGCUGUGGUGAUCAUGAUGUUCUGAUCUUCAGGGAAAAUACCCUGGCAACCAAAGCCAUUGAGGAGUACCUGAAGCUGGUUGGGCAGAAAUACCUCCAUGAUGCAUUGGGGGAGUUUAUCAAAGCUCUGUAUGAGUCGGAUGAAAACUGUGAGGUGGACCCCAGUAAGUGUUCCAACAGUGAACUUGCAGAGCACCAGAGUAACCUUAAAAUGUGCUGCGAGCUGGCUUUCUGCAAGAUCAUCAACUCUUACUGCGUUUUCCCGCGGGAGCUGAAGGAAGUGUUUGCCGCCUGGAAGCAGCAGUGCCUGAACCGGGGGAAGCAGGAGAUCAGCGAGCGCCUCAUCAGCGCCUCCCUCUUCCUGCGCUUCCUGUGUCCCGCCAUCAUGUCCCCCAGCCUCUUCAACCUCAUGCAGGAGUACCCUGACGAUCGCACCUCCCGCACGCUCACGCUCAUCGCCAAAGUCAUCCAGAACCUCGCCAACUUCGCCAAGUUUGGUAACAAAGAAGAAUACAUGGCCUUCAUGAAUGACUUCUUGGAGCAUGAAUGGGCUGGGAUGAAGAGAUUCCUGGUGGAGAUCUCGAACCCAGAGACAAUAUCCAACACGCCAGGGUUCGAGGGUUAUAUAGACCUGGGCCGGGAGCUCUCUGUAUUGCACUCGCUCCUGUGGGAGGUGGUCUCUCAGCUGGAUAAGGGUGAAAAUUCCUUCCUGCAGGCGACUGUGGCGAAGCUUGGACCACUCCCACGCAUUCUGGGUGACAUCACCAAGUCUCUGUCAAACCCAACUCCCAUCCAGCAACAGCUUAGGCGGUUUCAGGAUCAUAACUCCUCCCAGAAUAUCAGUGGCAGUGUCUCUUCAGGAUUGCAAAGGAUAUUUGAGGAUCCAUCGGACAGUGAUUUGCACAAUAUGCGGGGUCCUACUCAGGAGCACGCGGACGGACACGUGCGGAGCAAGCACCCUCUCCUGGGGCAGCAGUCCUCCACUCAGAGCAUGAGCUUCUCGGACAAGGAGGAGCGAGAGAACCCUCUGCCCAACGGCCGCAGCAUAUCGCUCAUGGAUCUGCAGGACCCUCACAUAGUCCACAGCGAGAGAUUGCCCAUCCACGACGUGCCGGCCAGGCUGACGGGCAGCCAGAUCUCUAUCCACCCACACCCUCACAGCCAGCACCAGUUCUACCCUCAGCUCGCGUCUAAGACGUCCCUGCGCGAGGCCCAGGUCCUGCCCCAGAGCGCUCCUCAGAUCCGCCGGCCCCUGCACCCCGCGCUCAGCCAGCAGGGCAGCCUGCAGCCCCUUUCUUUCCAGAACCCCGUCUACCACCUCAGCAACCCCCCGCACCCGGCCUGCGGCCCGGACUCCAGCUCGGAGAACCUCAGCACCGAGAGCUCCCGCAGCCGGAGCAACUCGGAGGACUUCGCGGCCACGGGGAAGCUGAGCGGCCCCUCCAACAGCAGCAUGGAGGACUUCAGCCGGCGGAGCACGCAGAGCGAGGACUGCGCCCCCCGCCGGCACGCCCCGCCCGACCGGCUCGCCGCCGCCCAGCCCCCGGCGCUGCCCAGGCAGAACAGCACCGGCACGGCCCAGAUCGUGCGGGUCGAGCAGCAGAGCCGCAGCGGGAGCGGGGGGGCCCGGACGCCCCGCUCGCUUCCUCACAGCGCCUCCCUGCGCAGCACCAGCAGCGCAGCGGGGGGCCCCUACAAGCAGGAGCCCUCCCCCCACAACGGCAGCCGUUCGCGGCAGUCCACGUCCUCCAGGGAGAGCCCGGUACCCCGAGCCAGGAUGGUCCAUAAACAGCAGCCGCCCCAGCAGGUGCAGUCCCCUGUCGAGUCCAUCACCAUGUCUCCUGUGGAGAGGACGGCAGCCUGGGUCCUGAACAACGGCCAGUACGAAGACGAAGAUGAGCUGGAACAGAGCAGGGAAGACAGCAAGCAUGCAGAAAAGUACGAGCUGGAGAUCUCCAAGCUGAAGGAGCGCCUGCGCGUGUCCAGCCGGCGCCUGGAGGAGUACGAGCGCCGGCUGCUGGCCCAGGAGCAGCAGAUGCAGAAGCUCCUGCUGGAGUACAAGACGCGGCUGGAGGACAGCGAGGAGAGGCUGCGGAGGCAGCAGGAGGAGAAGGACUCCCAGAUGAAGAGCAUCAUCUGCAGAUUGAUGGCCGUGGAAGAGGAGCUGAAAAGAGAUCACGCAGAGAUGCAGGCAGUUAUAGAUGCCAAACAGAAAAUAAUAGAUGCCCAGGAGAAGAGGAUUAGCUCCUUAGAUGCUGCCAACUCCCGGCUCAUGAGCGCACUGACGCAGGUGAAGGAGCGCUACAGCGUGCAGAACAUCCGCAAUGGCAUCUCCCCGACAAACCCCACCAAGCUGUCCAUCACGGAGAACGGAGAAUUCAAGAACAGCAGCUGCUGAUGACCGUGGGGCGAAGUGUGCCCAGCACGGGCCAGGUGCUGUCGACUGCAUCCCAAACAGACUGAAGGCUUCCAGAGCGAAUGUCUCACUGGUUCCGAUUAGCGAAAUAUAUAAAAAGAAUGUUGCCCUUAAAAUAAUUGUAUAUAGUAAUAUCUUGUAUUGGUUGUGUACAGAGAUGGAAUGUAAGAUAACUGGCAAGAAGAAAAGGAGUUAAGAAGGGAGGGACAGGUAUGGGCGCUGUUAGCUACAUAAUGUACUGAGUUUGUGAGUUGUAUUUUAUAAAUAAUACUAUUCUCCUGUGCAGACAUAGCUGAAAUUUUAAAAGAUUUUUAAGUAUUGUGUAAUUUAGAGAAUCUAUAGCUAGGAGGUGUAAAUAUAAAUAAGAUGAGAUGGGGGGAAAAAAAAGAAAAACGGCAUAAAGCACAUAGGAGUUGAAUAGUGUGAAACAAGUAUAGGAUUGGUAGAGACUGGAGGAAUGUGAAUGAUGGAAGUGCAAGGGCAAUAGAAGACAAAGCCACUUUAGAGCUCUCUCUUUGGCUACCCCUGCGUUCUCUUUUCUUUCUCGCAGUUUUCUUCAAACGAUGUCAGAUUCCUUCUAUGAAUUUGAAAUCCUGUAUAUUAAAAGUCUAACAUAGCCUGGUUCUUGGGUCUCUAACACACUGCCGGGUAUCUUAGAUUCAGACUGGUAUUUGUGUUCAAGUUCUGCUUUUCCAGACCAGGUGACUGAGCUAUCAUCAGUCUCUGUCUUUGGACCCUUGCACACCCUGUUUAAUUAAUUUAUUUUUUUAGUUUCCUUGUCUACAUUAUUUGCCAUGAAACUGGUCACAGUUCGUUGGAUUUAAUUGUGAUAAUUUCCAUGAUUCAUGAAUUUUGCAUCUAUUGUGGAUGUUACUGUGUUGUACAAGUCUUUACUGUUUCAGUUUUUUUCUGUAAUUGCAGAAAAAUUACAUAUAAUCUUUUCCAGUAUGUUGUACAUUUUUUUAGGAGCACAGAUGCCUUAUUUUACCAAAGGUGUGACAUCAAAGUAUAGUAGCCCAACAGUUUCCUAUUUGUAGGCAUCUAAAGGAGUCUAUCUUGUUCAAAUGAAUCUGUACACACUUCAAGAAAGUAAAACAGGAAGGAUGCCAGGCUGAAAGCUUACUGUAUUGAUAUAAACUAGAGUUAUUUUUUUGUAAUACAUUUUCAAGUAAACAGAAGACAUCAGUUGUAACUUAUGGAUAUUAGUGUUCAUUUCUAAAUUCGGCAUUUUAAAGCAUGUAUGAUAAAAAAAGUAUCUGUAUAUUUUAGAAAUUUAUCUCACUUGUAAAUUGUAGAUCUGAAAAUAUUUUAUAUCAGCAGGCAGUAAUACCAAUAUUAUUAUUUAAGAUUGCUAAAUCUUUUAACUGUUUGGAGAUUAUUUUUAAGUGCUGAGAAUAUAACUUCUGAUAACUUGCUUUAAGAUACAACCUUAUGAUUGAGGGCUCUUUAGCCUCUCAAAUAUGCUUAUAUUUAACCACCUGAAAAGGAACUACCCCCAAUCUCCAGACUCGGUUCUCUCACAAGAUGGCCUUAAGUAACCUCAAAAUUCUCAUUGCCAUUCUUUCCUUGAUCCACACUUGUGAUGUAUCUUGUCAGAGUACUCCUUGAGAGUAGACAAAAAGCACUGCUUCACAAAUCAGACUGCCAAUUUCCAUCAGACACCUUUUUAGCUUUAAUGGAAAAAUGACUGCCUCAAAAAAACGCAAUAAAUUCUAGAGUAUAUAUAAAAGUGUGCUCAUCAAACAGGAUGAGCCAUGGGAAAAAAAAAUCAGGUUUAAAAGCAGAACUUGUAUUUCUGGUGCUGAAAGUAUGCUAAGUGGUGCCUCUCGUCUCAUUUAAACAAGCUUUAAUGAGCACUACAUGAGUUUCAGAAAUGUAAUCUAAGGGAUUUUGUUUGCACUGUGACGAGUAAACUACGCCAAUAAAAAAAUACCAGCACUUGCUAAAAUAAGAUGUCAGGUUCAUUGAUCCCUCUAAGGGUAUCUGUGAGAGUUGUCAUCAGCCCUUUGUUUGCAAUUUACACUGAUGCCUUUCUGUAUUCGACAGUGCCUGUUUUCUCCGAUGCUUCCCUUUACUCAUUGUACACUGUGGUGACCCUUUGUACCCCAGUUAAGUAUGAAACAAAACUGCCUUUCCCAUUGAUUAAGAAAUUAUAGUCAUCACCUCACAGAAAGAGGCACAAGGCUGAAGUGCUGCUAAAAAAAUAAAAUUGUGAAAAAACUGUUUGGUUUCGAAACUGCCUUUCAUAGCCUGGUCUGCAAAGCCUAAAACUACACCCAAAGAUUGUCCCCGUAAUACAGGAUUAUUUCUUGUAUGCGGUUAUUAAAGAUGGCACUUCAAGUGAUGUCUGCAUAUCAUUCACGCACAUUAUUUGGAUUCUUUUCUUCAGCUUCUUUGGACGAGGGUUAUUUUUCACAUACUUAACUAUAGCUUCCCUGACCGCAGGAAAAAUCAAUGGUUUUAAUAAAGCCAUGAAAAAUAUGUAACAAAAAUUGCUAAGGAGAAGACAAAUCGUGGGGUUCUCAUGUAUUCUUUUGCCUCAAACCAUGUGGUGGAGAUAUUAAACGUCCAAGAUUUCUGUAAGGGCUGUUGUGUAAAAUUUGAUUGAACUGCAUUACAUUUCGAGGGUUGUGCCUUGCUGGUAAAUGCUCAGCUAUGUGAAAGUAAGGAAAAGUCAAGUAGUUGGAGAAGAUGUCUAAUCUGCUCUUCUCAGAAAUAACAGUUCUGCUGACAAAAUGUAUUGCAUGGAAAAAGACAGGUUAGGCAAGCAAUAUUAAAGACAUUGUAGGCAAUCAUUAUUGCUUGUAGCCGAAAUGCUUCUUUAAUGGAUCCUUUCCCUCUUUAGUGUGAUGUACUGAAAAUCAGUGGCAUAACUUCGUAGAGAAUGAGGGCAAUGAAGUCACAAGUCCCUGAACGUUAUAUUAUCAAGUAUGGAGGUAAAGUGUAGGCAAUAAAAAUGAAAUGCUUCGUUUACAUUUCCAGAAGGGUUAAAUUGUCUUCAAAAAUGUAUCGAUACAUUAUAUUGGAACUCUUCACAGAUGCCACCCUUCCAACCUAGAGGGGUGAAGCAGUGUUUUCAAAGCUAUAUAGCCAUGCUCCCCAGAUCUGCUCUUUGGCCUUGUGUGAAAUAUUAGAUUUUUUUCAAGGUCUUAAAUGAGAAAAAUAAACUCAGAACACAUCCUUAGAACACAAACCUGAUGGCUGCUUUUCUUGUAUCUGUUCAAUGUCAUCUGUUAGUAUUUUACUUAUCUGUCAAUGGCAAUCCAUGUGGUGGAGCUGUUUUACAAGAAAUUAAGUUUGUGAACUGUGAGAAAUCAGCAUACACCAUCUGCUAGUUAUAAACAUGCAGUUUUAUAUACUAAGUAUCUGAAGAAACAUCACUUCUAAGUUAUCAGAAAAUGACAAUUUUAUGGUAAAGUCAUUAAGCUGAUGAACAUUUAGGAUCCACAGGGAGCCCACUGUGAAAGUCACAGGCUAAUAGUGUGUGGUCACAGCUGAAAUCAAUACAACUGGUUCGUCCUUGACGCGUGAUUUGUACCAGGUUGCAGAUUAUGUCUUGUAGAAUGCUGCUCCAUUCCUCUGGUAGAGCCAGGAGAUGCACGUCCUUGUUCACUUGCUCACCUAAAGGCCCUAAAUGCCACAUGCUUUCUUCAGUAACAAUAUCAGGAAUCAUCCCACAACUGUUCAGUGGGGCUCAACUCUGGUGAGUAGGUUAUCCACUGCAUAAAUGUAACAAUCUCAUCUUCCACACCAGCUGUUGAUACGCAACCAGAAUAAGAAUUCCCAGGACUUGAUCGAUGUAAUGUCAUGCAGUAAACUACUACAAGUGGGUCCUGUUGUGGCUUAAUGCUCUUGCCCAGAACAUGACACUUUGACUUCCCCAUGAAUUGUAGUUUUGUAAACAACAUUUAGUACACUUGUAUCACCCUGCAGCUCUCAACUGGCAGCCCAUUGAAGCUCAGCAGGUGCGAGCCUGGCCAGUGCCUGGAUGGGAGACCUCCUGGGAAAAACUAAGGCUGCUGCUGGAAGAGGUGUUGGUGGGUACAGUAGGGAAUGCUGUGGUAUGUGUGAGUACUAAUGCCCCAGUAUAGUGACACUAUUCUAAACAAAAGGCUCUGUCCUUUGGAUGAGAUGUAAAACUGAGGUCCUGACUUUCUGUGGUCAUUUAAAAUCCUAGGACGUUACUCAAAAAUAGUAAGCCAUCUCUGAACUGAUUUCAUCACUCUGCUCUCCUCCCCACCGAUAGCUGAUGUGUUGUGAGCUUACUGUGUGCACCUUGGCUUCCAUCAUCUGGGUGGGGGGUAUAUAUUGAUGAUGAUAGAGGAGAGCCCCCAUUACUUGUAAAGUACUUUGAGUGGAGUAUUCAGAAAUUAUACUUUAUUCAUCAAAAAGGACUUGGCUCCACUGUUGAUAAGUCCACUGUAUCGCUUCAACAUACAGUACAGUUACAAUAUCACAAACACAUUGUUAAUUUUUAAGGCUUGACAUUAAAGAGGUGAAAUUGCCUCAUUACCUGUGUCCAAUCAGCUGUCUCACUAAUGAGAUGAUAUGGUGCUUAUGCAAGUCACCUGAGUGUGUCAUAGUCAUGAACGAUCAAUUAAUCAAAUAGACUCCAAAACAUUUAGUUCUUAAAGCGAUCAGGCAUAAGAAGGUUUUUAUUGAUGCACAGUAUAUUUUUAAUGUUGUGACUACUUUAAAUUUUAUCCUCAGUAGGCAGAAAUCUGAGUCUGGCUAGGGGCACGAGUGUAUUCUAAGCACACACCUGUUGUAAGAGAUCUUUCAGAAAUUAAAGUUGUAUAUGGAAUUUCAGAAAUUAUAAAAUACACGGAUAACAUCAGUGUGCCAAUAAGUGGAAGUACAGUGUUAUCUACUGUAUGGUUCCAAUACACUGGUAAUGGUCACUCAUAAACACCCAUUCAUAGUAAUAUCAUAGGAUGACCACGGAUGUACAGAAUUCUCUGUAAUGCUGUUGGGAAACCAGGAUGCUGUGGGAAUACACCUUCUCUGUAAAUGGCCUUUUUUGUCACAAAUUAAACUCAUCAGAAACCUUCA